AUGCCGUUGGUAAGCUUCUCUGGAGAAGUGGUUCAACCGAUCGGGCAAAUCACGUUACCAACCACAUUGAGUACAGGAAAUCUAAUCAGAACUGUCAACAAAACAUACCUGGUGGUUGGAGCUAGGUCCGUUCAUAACGUCAUACUAGGAAGACCAGGGAUGUGUGCUUUCGGCAUUAUCAGCUCCCCCAUUCUUGGGUCGUUAAAGUUUCCCACCAAAGCUGGUGUAGCAACUCUGCAUUCCAAGUCCACCAUGUGUGUAGCCGAAAUACGGCAAAGAGAGGGGAGUAAUAUGCAGCCUCCGUCUCUCCUCACGGAGGAAUCGGCCAUUCACCCACAUUUUUCGGAACAAAAGAUUGCUAUCGGAGCUAAUCUCCCUAAAAGAACCAAGAAGCGACUAUGGAAGCUACUGUCCAAUUCCGUUGAUGUCUUCGAUUGGCAAACUUCCGAUAUGGUUGGAGUCCCUCACUCCUUGGCUGAACACAAGUUAAAAGUAUCACAUUCGGUAAAACCGAUCGCUCAGAGGAAAAGAAAUAUGGCUCCGGCUCGUCACAAAACCAUUGCCGAAAACGCACAUCCGGAUAAAAUCCAAGCCGUAGUCUCCAUGCAACCUCCGAAGACGUUAAAAGAAAUCCAGUCUCUGAAUGGCAAACUUGUGGCUCUUCACCGAUUUAUCUCCAAAGCAGUUGACCGUACAAUUCCUUUUAUGAAGAUGCUAAAAAAGCGAACCGGUAAAGGUCAGAUAGAAUGGACGAAAGAGGCUGAUUCGGCAUUUCAGGAAUUAAAAGUUUGUCUUGGGUCCUUACCCACUUUGACCGCACCAGUCACCGGAGAAACCGUCACCGUAUAUCUCUCUGCUUCCCAUUUUGCCAUCAGCGCAGUACUCGUGCAAAUCCUGAGGAAACCGGAGGUCUCCGGGUGGCUCACCAAGUGGGCAAUUGAGCUCAGUGCUUUCAACAUUACAUACCGGACCAGAGGUCCGGUAAAAGGUCAAGCAGUAGCAGAUUUUCUUAUGAAAGUCCCUACCGGAGAAAGCACCAAGGAGAAGUCCGGCUUACCAAAAGGUUGGAAUCUAUACACAGAUGGAGCUUCUAGCAAAGAAGGGUUCGGAGCGGGUUUAAUCCUAAUAGAUCCGAAAGGUGUAGAAUACACCUACGCUCUGCGUUUUGAGUUCCAAACUUCAAACAACGAAGCAGAGUACGAAGCUCUUUUAGCCGGACUCCAAACAGCGGCCAAAGCAGGUGCAAGUUCCAUCUUGGCUCAUGUUGAUUCAUUACUAGUCGCCAAUCAAGUCAACGGAGAAUACGAGGCGCGUGAAGAAAACAUGAUUCGAUACUUAAACAAAGUCAACAGUUUGAUGUCUACGUUUGAUUCAUGCAAGGUGGUUCAUAUCCCAAGAAGUAAGAAUAAGAAAGCUGAUGCUCUAAGUAAGCUUGCAUCCGUCACAUUCUGUCACUUGUCCAAAGAAGUGCUGGUCGAGACUCUGCAAGCUCCGGCCAUUGAUCAAGCGGAAACCGUAAUGUCAAUCUCUAUUCAAGAAAAGUCAUGGAUGACUUCGAUCCUGGACUAUCUGAAAGACAGCACACUCCCGGAGGAUAAAGCUCAAGCACGGAAGAUGAAAGUGAAGGCACUACAGUACCAAAUUCACGACGGAAAGCUUUAUCGGAAGAAAUUCUUGGGACCACUCCUGAGAUGUUUAACUCCGGAAGAGACCAGCUAUGUUAUAAGAGAAAUCCAUUGGGGAAUCUGUGGCAUCCACUCAGGACCAAGGAUGGUCAUAGCAAAAGCAAUGAACGCCGGGUAUUUUUGGCCGGGCAUGCAUCAAAGCGCCGUUAAUGAGUUGCAAGCAUGUGAAGAUUGUCAGCGGCAUGCUCCCAUCAACCAUCGAGCUAAAAAUGACCUCGUCCCUGUAACUUCGGCCUGGCCGUUUCAAAAGUGGGGAAUUGAUAUCGUUGGUCCUUUCCCUGUGUCCACGGGAGGAGUAAGGUUCUUACUAGUAGCAAUUGACUACUUUACAAAAUGGAUUAAAGCCAAACCCCUCCGAACCAUCACUGGAGAUCAAAUAUUAAGGUUCGUCUGGGAGAACAUAGUAUGUAGAUAUGGAAUGCCACUAUGCAUCGUGAGCGACAAUGGCAAACAGUUCCCUGAAAAACCAUUCAAAACGUGGUGCGAAAGGAUGCACAUUGAGCAAAACUUCACUUCGGUCGCCCAUCCCCAGGCCAAUGGACAGGUGGAAAGGGCUAACCGCAGUAUUGUAGAAGGCAUCAAAAAGCGGCUGGGGAAGGAAGGAGUCUCUUGGGCAGACAAACUUCCGCACGAUCUGUGGGCACACAGGACGAUGCCAAAAACAAGCACAAAGGAAACUCCCUUUAGUCUGACAUACGGCACGGAGGCGGUCAUUCUCGCCGAAGUCGGUAUCCCUACCCCUCACAUGCUCCAAAGCCAAGAUGAGAAUAAACAACAACUCCAGAUGAACCUCGACUUGGUCGAGGAAAGAAGAGAAGUUGUGGCCAUCCGAGAAGCAAAAUACAAAAAAGAGUUGGAAAAACAUUACAACUCAAAAGUCAAAGAGGUCCGGUUCAAAGAAGGAAAUUAUGUUAUGCGGAGGAAUGAUGCGAGUUUGGCCGAAGGUACGGGGAAGAUGUCUCCGAAGUGGGAGGGACCCUACCAAAUCAAAACCGCUGGAAAGAAUGGUGCCUACACACUCACUAAAUGGAUGGAACUCCCGUUCCUCGUACUUGGAAUGGGAUGCACCUCAAGCGAUGUUUCCUUUAAAGAACCUUAG